AUGAAAGUUGAAGUAGGUUUGUUAACAAGAAAUAUCGUUAUUCAAGGUGAAGAGUCUGAUUUGAAAUAUGGUUAUCAUUUAAUGAUUCAUGGAAGAGCUGAGAAAGGAGCAAUUGGUAAAAUAUCAUAUGCAGAAUUCAGAUAUGGUGGUCAACCAAGAAUUAUCGGUAGAUAUCCUGUUCAUUUCCACUUGAAUGGAGAAGUUGAUGAGUCAUAUGUUGUUGGUAAUGCCAUCCAUGACUGUUAUGCUCGUUGUUUGACUAUUCACGGCGUUCAUUAUUUGAAGGUCUAGAAGAAUGUUUGCUAUAAUACCUUUGGACAUGCCAUAUUCUUUGAAGAUGGUAUUGAAACAAACAAUGUUGUGGAAGAUAACCUUGUUGCUAGUACCAAAUAAAGUUGGAUCAUGUUACAAACAGAUAUUACUGUGGCCACUUUUUGGGUUACAAAUCCAUAGAAUAUUGUAAGAAGAAACAGAUCAGGAGGUUCAGAGUGGUAUGGGUUCUGGUAUGAAAUCAAAACGAAUCCAGAUGGACCAUCGGCUACAUCAGAUAUUUGUCCUCCAGGAUUAAACAUACUUGAAUUUAAGGACAAUGUUGCUCACUCAAAUGGCAGAUUCGGUCUUCGUAUUUUCUAAUUGGCUCCAAGAAAGUUCCCUUGUAAAGGGCCAGAAAAUUGGUCAAAUGAAUAACCAUAUAUUGAUUAAUCCAAGUCUUCAAGCAAUGUUUGA